AUGGACGCAAAACCUGUUGCUCCAGAAGAGAUCAAGGAAGGCGAUGUUGAAGUCAAGACAACAGAUGCCAAUGCCGCUGCAGCUGAGGCCCCAAAGCCGGCUGCAGCAGCCGAAGACGUGCCUGAUCCGGAUGAGGAUGACCUAGACGACUUGGAUGACAUGCUAGAUGAAUUUUCAACCGUUAAGCUUGAGGACGGGGCCAACAAGCCUAUUGAGUCUGGCAGUGCCGGCCCUUCAACUUCAACACCCAAGCCAGGUGACGCCGCUCCUAAGGAAUCCCCAGCUGCUGGAGAAGAGCCAUUCUCAGAAGAAGAUUUCGCCAAACAGCUUCAAGCUGGCAUGGCCGACCUGCUAGGUGAACUGGAGCAAUCGCCCGAAAUGCAGCAGCAGUUUGAGGACAUGUUCAAGCAAAUGGCUGCUGCUUCAGGGGAUGCAGCACCAGCAACAGGGGCAGCGGGCUCCUCUUCUGCCGGGGCCGGAGCCCCAGGCGCUGCCUCUGAAGCAUCCUUCCAAGAGACAAUCCGCCGGACGAUGGAACGAAUGCAGGCAUCCGGGGACCAGGCUACAGCCGCAGCAGCUACUACACCAGCAACAGGGGCAGCGGGCUCCUCUUCUGCCGGGGCCGGAGCCCCAGGCGCUGCCUCUGAAGCAUCCUUCCAAGAGACAAUCCGCCGGACGAUGGAACGAAUGCCGACACCGGGCCGCCAGGCCACAGCCGCAGCAGCUACUAGUAGCGGUGACGAUUUCAUGUCUGAGCUGCUGAAGCAAAUGUCCUCUGGCGACUUCAACGGCGAAGGCAGUGAGGAAGAAUUCUCCAAGAUGCUCAUGGGCAUGAUGGAGCAACUGACCAACAAGGACAUUUUGUACGAACCCAUGAAGGAGCUUGACGAUAAAUUUCCAGAGUGGUUCGAGAAGAACAAGGCCUCGACCCCAGCAGAAGAUCUCAAGAGGUAUGAAGAGCAAAGGGUUCUUGUUCGAGAGAUUGUAGCCAAAUUUGAAGAGAGCAGCUACUCCGACAGCAACGCCUCCGACCGCGAGUAUAUUGUCGAUAGAAUGCAGAAGAUGCAAGCCGCUGGCUCACCGCCGUCAGACUUGGUAGGAGACAUGGCAUCAGCACAAGAAGCAUUCGGGGGAGCAGAUGAUCAAUGCAAUCCACAAUAG